AUGAGUUAUUUUUCCAGUUUAUCAAUAAUUCCACCUGAUAAAAAAAAACAAGACUUUGUUUAUUCUGAGUCGUCAAGUUCACCAGAUUUUUCAGACACUACGAUAAGCAGUGAUGAGCAAAAGAAUUUGAUAAUCAAUCACGUUCCUCAUCAUUUUCGUUCACGUCAUUCACUAUCUGUAUCCCGUAAAGCUGAUAAAGCUAGCAAGACGUACAUGACUGGAAUAUGCAAACAAGACUUUGAAUAUAUCCAAAAAAAACUAACGACUAUCCUUGAAUCUCAAAAUGUUAACGAGUAUAAUGUAACGGGAUCAGAAAAUAUUUCUCCAUACUUUCUUCUUGAUAAAUCACCGAAAUCUUAUAUCACUUUCUCGUACGGAAAUGAUACUUAUAAUGAUGUACUGGAAACUGAAACUGACGAACGGUUAAGGUGUACCGAACCUGGAUGUGAUCAAAUCUUUGAGUGUCAACGUACUUUAUUACAACAUAAUCCAAUUCACCGGCUAACGAAGAGUGACAAUCAAAGUUGGAUCCAAAAAUUUUAUCUUUAUGGGAAAAGUGUGGUGCCAGUAAUAACAAUAGUUGAAGAAAUAACUUAUAUUGCCUUAAGUUUUAUGUCGUGUUCUUAUGAAUUAUCCGUCUAUAAUAUAGAUAACUUUAGUGCAUAUCAAGCUACCGCUCACACUGUUCGUGAUCGAUUAAUCAAACGAUGGAAUGAUACCCAGCAGAAUUUAGGUCUCAGAAUGAAGGAUGUCCUUGAUGAAGAAGUUGAUGCUGCUCUUGGUAACGGAGGUCUCGGUCGUCUUGCCGCUU